GAAAAUUUGAAACUAGAUUGAGUACAGAGAUGACACACAGACGACUUCAGCUAUGUCCCUGAAUGAUCGACUUUUACUUGAGUGUCCCCUGCUUAUUGCUGCCAUUUUCAUCUGUGGCAUUGGAGGGGCCUAUCAAUAUGGAGUCAGUAUAUCCUCAAUGACCUCUCCCUCUUUAUUCAUCCAGGAGCUAGUGAACAUUACCUGUAUAGAAAGAUAUGGUGUUAACCUGGAACAGUGGCAGAUUUCUCUGAUCUGGUCUUUUAUUGUGUCCAUUUUCUGUAUUGGAGCAUUACUGUCUGCACUGUUGGCUAAUUCUAUCAUGUCAAAAUUUGGGAGAAAAAAAUGUCUUUUAUUAAACAGUAUUCCAGCUCUAAUUGCAGCUGUGUUGAUGCUCCUAAGUAAGACAGCCAUGUCUUUCGAGAUGAUAAUGGUGGCACGCUUUCUCUAUGGCAUGAAUGCAGGACUCGGGCUCAUAGCUCAUAUCAUAUACCUGGUGGAGUGUGCCCCCAAAAGGCUGCGCGGGGCAGUGGGGGUCACAGUGGCCUCCUUUAUUUCUUUGGGGAAAUUCAGUGGUCAGCUCCUGGGAAUCAGUGAUUUGCUUGGCACCAGGGAGAGGUGGCCCUGGCUGCUUAGUUUCACUGGUUUGACAUCACUUGUUCAGCUGCUCACUUUGCCGCUGCUGCCAGAGUCUCCCAGCUUCCUGCUGCUGGCUACAGGAGACCGACCGGCCUGUGAGCAAGCUCUGAAGAGGUUGUGGGGGGACGGGGACUACCACUUGGAGAUGGAGGAGAUUUUGAAGGAGAAGGUGGUGCAGCAGAACGCAGGGACACGGACAGUACUGCAGCUGUUCAGAAACCAGGACAUCCGCUGGCAACUCAUCUCAGUCAUAGUCAUAUUCACCACCCUGCAGCUCUGUGGCAUCAAUGCUGUUUACUUUUACUCAUAUGAAGUCUUCCGUCAAGUGGGAAUCGGUGAGAAGGACCUCCGUUACGCUGCGCUGGGAACCGGUUUGUGCGAGCUGUCCGCCUCUUUAUCCCUGUUUUUCAUAGCCCAGUAUUCAGGCAAAAAGAUGAUGCUUUUCAGAGGGUAUGCGCUGAUGUCGGUGAUGCUGGUUCUCCUCACCAUCACCAUGUGUCUGCAGACACAUCUCUCAUGGAUGCCUUAUUGCAGCAUGGUCCUGAUUUUUCUUUUUAUAUUCUCUUUUGCUAGUGGACCAUCUGGCGCCUCCGCUCCUGUUCCUGGGGAGCUUUUCACACAAGCGUACAGGUCUGCAGCCUUCACUGUUGGAACCUCUCUCAACUGGGCUGGACUCUUUUGUGUGGGAAUGCUCUUUCCCGUCUUAGUUGAAAAAAUGGCUCACUUUUGUUUCCUAAUAUUUCUGAUUUUCUGUGUGUCUACUUGUUUGUAUGUGAGGUUUUGCUUUCCUGAGACCAAUAAUCGUUCACCUCUGGAGAUUGCUGCAGAGUUUAAGAAAAUACACAAAUCUGUAAAAACACCUUCCAAUGAGCUAACAAAAAACUAUGGUACACUAUGUGAAACAAAGUUCUGACAAUAUUUGUUUCAAAAAGUACAACUCAAACUAUGUCUUCUAUGGAUUAACAAUAAAGGUUUUAUGAUUUUACAACCUUAAUGCUUUUUUGUAAGGAUAUUGCUAUCACUCAGAUUUAGAUGACCAAUGGAUACUUAGCAAUGACAUUAUGCUGGGGGUAUUCUGCAUGUAUCUGUAAUGGUGGAAUGUUUAAGAGUUACACAUUAGCAAACAGCAUCAAAAAAGUUUUAAGAUUACAAUAAAUAAAUAA